UUUGUGUGUUUAUUAUAACCAAGUUAUUUCUUCAGUGUAAACGAGCAGCUAUCUCUCUCAUGGCGUUAUCUUGGCUUCAGUAUCAUUUUAAGCAUCUCAUUGGAAGGGAGGGGGUAAUGUUACCCCUUUUAUAAAUAACUUUGUGCCGUAAAAUGUGAAGUCCGUGGAAGAAUUUACGCACUUGCCUUUGGAGCAAAUCAGUGGAUUUCGCUUUCUAAGUCUCAUACAAACUGAGUGUGAUGUUCUGUGGCAGUACACGUAAAAUGGAUUUUAGUGUUAAUGCAGUUGUUUUUAUCCUUCUUAUUAUUGUUCUUUUUGGAUGUGCUCAGCUUGACGCGGAAAGAGUCCUUCUCCAGAGAUUAAGACGUCAGACCACAACAGCAAAACCAGCACUGAAGGUGACAGAUUACCAUGUGCGCUGUGCAGUAGUGUCUCACUAUGCUUUAACCACAGUGGAGAGCACAGUGUGGAACCAGCUCCACAUCAAUAAGGAGGCUGCAUUUGAGGUGGAUUUGUCCCCUGCUGCAUUUAUCUCAAACUUUACCAUUACUUCCAAUGGUAAGGUGUAUGUGGCAGAGGUGAAGAGGAGAACUGCUGCAAGGAAGAUCUAUGACAAUGCUAAGAAGCAGGGGAAAACAGCAGGACUUGUUGCCACAAAGGAACGGGAGAUCGAGAAGUUCCGUGUAGCGGUCAGUGUACCUCCUGGGGCUCGUGUGUCCUUCUCCCUGUCUUAUGAGGAGCUGUUGUCACGCCGACUUGGUCACUAUGAACUCACUCUGGGUCUGCGCCCUGGCCAGCCAGUGCAGAACCUCUCUCUGGAUGUCAGUAUAUCAGAGAGGACAGGCAUCAGCUUCAUCAGAGCUCUGCCACUGCGCACCAGCCGACUGCUCACCAAUAAUGUCCAUGCAGAGGCAGAACCGCCCCCUUCAACUCAGGUCAAGCAGAAUCCUCACUGUGUGCAUGUGCACUACACUCCCACCAUACAGCAGCAGAGGAACAUCUCUUCCAGAGGUCUCAGUGCAGACUUCAUCAUUCAGUAUGAUGUGGACCUCAAAGACCCAAUUGGGGACAUCCAGGUGGAUGAUGGCUACUUUGUUCAUUACUUUGCUCCUAGAGGACUUCCUGUAGUUCCUAAAGAUGUCAUCUUUGUCAUUGACAUCAGUGGCUCUAUGAUCGGCACAAAAAUCAAGCAGACUAAGGCAGCCAUGACCACCAUACUGAGUGACCUACGUGAGGGGGAUUACUUCAAUCUCAUUACUUUCUCAGAUAAAGUCCACACCUGGAAGAAAGGCCGCACUGUGCGGGCCACACGGCAGAAUGUGCGGGAUGCCAAGGAAUUUGUUAGGAAGAUAAUGGCAGAGGGUUGGACGAAUAUCAAUGCAGCUCUGCUAUCUGCUGCCCAGCUAUUAAAUCCUUCCUCACAUUUGUCUUCACUUACUGGUCAUGCGCCCACAUCUCAUCGGGUUCCCAUGAUCAUCUUCCUGACCGAUGGAGAAGCCACCAUUGGGGUGACUGAACCAGAUGUGAUUUUGAGUAAUGCACAGAAAGCUUUGGGUUUGGCUUCGUUGUUUGGCCUGGCCUUUGGAGACGAUGCUGAUUUCCCCCUGUUGAGAAGGUUGGCCAUGGAGAAUCGUGGUGUAGCUCGGAUGGUAUAUGAGGAUGAUGAUGCAGCUGUCCAGCUGAAAGGCUUCUAUGAUGAAGUUGCCAGUCCUUUGCUCUCAGACAUCCAGCUGUCCUAUUUAGAUGACCAGGCCUACGAUAUCACUCGCUCUCUCUUCCCCAACUACUUCCAGGGCUCUGAAUUGGUAGUCACAGGACGACUAAAGCCAGGUGUACAGGAUCUGAAGGUCACACUGACAGCAAAUGAUUCAAAGCAGAAGGUAAGGGUGGAGAGUGAGCUUCCAUUGGCCAAAGCAGUGGUAAAUGGGACAGUGCCAUCUCCAGGAUGUGCACAUGCAGUGGAUGGUAUUCCUAGCUUUGUGAAUCGUCUAUGGGCAUAUUUCACCAUCAAAGAGUUGCUACUGGCUAAAAUUAACACCACUGAUAUAGUCACACAGCGUCUUCUUGUGGAUAAAGCCACCAACCUGUCCCUGAAGUACAAUUUUGUAACACCUGUCACUUCUUUGGUUGUGAUAAAACCGGAUACUGAUGAACCAGAACCAACUAUUAGCUCUACUGUGAUGGCAACAACUACAACUAGCAAGACUGCAACUACUACCAUAGCAUCUUCGACAAACAUGACAAAUCAAACAUCUCAUGCUGCCCUUAAAAUCUCUUCCACAUCUGCAAUGGGCACUAAAAAAUCCAACUCUACCACAGCUCUAAAAACAAGCAAACCCCUGGUCACCAAAUCUGUACGACCACAUCCACCACCCUUAGGGCUGCACACCACUGGUCAACCACCGAACACCUCUCUCUCCCUCGACAAAACAGCCUCACGAUCACCCAAGAAGACCACUACAGUACCACCUAAGACCAUCUCCACCUCACUUUCCAGCAAGCCAACCUCCUCUCCUCCAAGUAUCAUCAAAACCACAUCAUCCUCAGGUUUAGUUAGAAACACUCUCCUUCCUCCCCCAAAGAAUUCCACGACACCACCAAGUACAGAGAAAACCACUUCUUCUUCCCAGCCAGCCAAAACAACAACACUAGCCACCUUAGUCAAAACUCUACCAUCUGUGUUAAAGGACUCAUCCUUAACUGACAUUGAAAACUCUACUACCUCAGAGCUUACAUCUCUUCAUCAGGGCCUGCAGACAUUAUCCUCCACAACUGCAUUAACUACAGAUACAAACUCAGAUUUUGACCCGGAAGUGGCCAUGCUGCUGGCUCCAACAUUUAUGCCUAUGCCAGGAAUGACAGAUGCCCCUAAGUUGUGGGAAGCCUCUCGUAUUCUGGAUGUCUCCUCUACCAUUCAGAUUCAGAGGAAAGAUAUUGAACUUGUUAAAGCAGAUUAUGAUGCAGAACAUGACCAUGACCAUGACUACGACUAUGACUACAACAUCCAUUAUGAUUCAUAUUCAGAUGCUCAGGUAGCUGCAGACCCAGAUAGCCCGGCGAGUUUAAGUACAGUUAGAGGGUUCUCUUCCUCAGUGGAUGGAGACCCACAUUUUGUUGUUCAGCUCCCAAAGCUACAUCAGAACUUGUGUUUCACCAUCGAUGGCAAGGCUGAUGAUGUACUACGCCUUCUUGAGGACCCAGAAAAAGGCAUUAUUGUGGAUGGGCAUCUGAUGCUGGCUCAAUCUAAGGAGGGGAUGGAGAAUCGUGUUCGUACUUUCUUUGACAGGAUUACCAUCACUGCUAACAAAGGCUUCAUGAUUACACUAACAUUGAACUCAGUAUUAGUGGAAGUGGAAGGGGAGGGACUAGAGCUUCUACCCACUAAUCAGCGAGGAUCUGUGAAACGUCAGGGCUUAAGAGUCAAAGUUGAUGAGCACCAUAGCUGUUGGAUUGAGCUUGGGAGGGGUGUUCAGUUCCUUAUUCUCUUCCAUCGAUAUAGCCACCCCAAAUACUUUCAAGUGAAACACCUGGGCUUCUAUAUUGCUGAUGGUAGUGGGCUUUCUCAUCUCAGCCAAGGCCUGCUAGGCCAGUUUCAACAUACCCAUUUAGAGGUGACUAGGGUAACGGACCGGGCUGGUUUCCAUCACGCACAAACAAACAAGAACAGUUUGUUGGUCAUGGGCCUGCUCAAGAAAGGAGAUGAGCAUUUUCCCGUCACCCUACAGGACAAGAUUCUGAAGGACUCAUCCAGAAAGAGACACUCAGCCCAAUGUUGGGUAGUGCCAAAAGUGGAUGUAGAGAGACUUCUGGGCAACUCCUAUCAAAGUUAUAUUGUGGAUCACCAACAGAUAACACCCCAAUUGUAGUUCACGUCUCAAAAUCUGCAGAAUUACUGUAGGUACAAAAAAGGACACUGGAACACUCUUGUGCUUAUUGAUAGUAAACCAACUUUAGAGUAUAACCGAACAAGUGAUAAACUACAGAUAGUUUAGGAUAUACAUAAACAGUGGAGGAUUGAAGGAUGGUGCUGUGCUGCUUGCAAAAUCAGUAAAUGGUCAUAAUAUUGCCUUUUGAACCGUAUGGACUUAACAUUUUACCUAUGUCACAUUUAAUAUUCUCACUGUGAUGUGACUUUAAAGACAGGUAAUCAAAACCAUUUCUUAAGAAUAUCCAAAGAUUUUUUUUCUAAGCUUCUAUUUAGUUGGCAUAAAAAUGUAAGUGUAUAUAUGUGUCCAUU